UUAUCUGUCAUUUAUAAUCGGCCUAAAUGUGAAAUAGGUUAGAUUAGAAACGUCAAAAAAACUACAAAUGUGAAGAAAUAGUUAAUCCCUAUUACAUUAUUUUUAAUUUAACUAUGAUCUCCGACACUGUUCGAUUAAAUCACUUGUACAAUAGAAACGACCAUGACCAUUAUUUAUUUAAUGGUUCGAGUUUGUAAUACGUUAAAUAAACUGGCAUGAUUCAGUGUGUCUUCUUGAAAAUAUUCAGAUAAGACUUAAUAUUAAUUUGGAUUAUCUAAAUGGCUCAAACGAACUUAAGUAAAGUUGAUGAAUAUGGAUUUGAGAGACCACCAAACUUUGAUUACAAAAAGCAAGCGGAAUUUUUCGAAAAUUACCUAUCAAUAUUAAAUAGACGUCAACAGCGUUGGAAAGGUUUAAAUGAACGUGAAAAAAAUAAGAAAACGGCUAAAUUAAAACGAUUUAUACGUAAAGGAAUUCCAAUGAGCGAACGACCGAUGAUUUGGAUGUUCACUUCUGGAGGUCAAGCACUUAAAGAUAAAUCAAAACUUACCUAUGAAGAAAUGAAAUCAUUGAUAAAUGAUGAAAAUUUAAUAUCAAUGAUUAAACUGGAUGUACCUCGCACGUUUCCUGAAAACAUUUUCUUUACCAAAGAUGGAGUUUUACCUAAAAAAUUAUUCAAUGUUUGUGCAACAUUUGCGCAUCAAAACGCUGAAGUUACCUACUGCCAAGGUUUAAAUUACAUCGCCGGUUUAUUAUUAUUAGCCACCAAAGACGAAGAAGUCACCUUUUGGUUACUUAAAGCUUUAGUCGACAACAUACUUCCUAAAUAUUACAUUAAAACAAUGUCCGGGUUAUUAACAGACCUCGCCGUUUUAGAUGAACUUGUUAAAUUAAAAGAACCUCUCGUACACAAUCAUCUUGUUAGAAUGGGGGUUGAAUUUGGUGUUAGUUCAACAAAAUGGUUUAUUUGUUUAUACUCGGAAGUUUUACCAACAGAAACUGUUUUAAGAAUAUGGGAUAGUUUGUUUUGUGAAGGCUCAAAAAUAUUGUUUCGCGUUGCUUUAACUCUUAUUAAAAUACAUAGGGAUGAUAUCUUAUGCACUAAUGAUUUUGGAGAAGUUAUAGACUGUUUUAAAAGGAUGGGACAUAAUUCACAAGUAUUAAAUUGCCAUUCGUUUAUGGAAAAAAUUUUUACAAUGCCCGGAUCGUUUUCAAGCAGCCAAUUAGAAAAGUUGCGUUUAAAACAUGCAAAUACACAUUGAAAUUUAAAAAGCGUUCAAAAGUCAACAAAAAUAUCAACUCAAUCUAGUCUUAUUUACUUUUUUUUAUUUAUAUAUUAUAUCACAUUUAUUA